AGAAAAGCGUGUAAAGUGGAAAACACGGAAUUAAUGCAUGAAUCAAGAUUCACAACGUAAAAGAAAUCUCUGGAACGUCGUGGAUUUCGGAGCAGAAUCUAUUGCUACAUACAAAAUCCUUUGUUCCUGAUAACACGAUUCGAAAAAUAUCUCAUUCAGAAAACCUUUACUACAUAUAUAUAAAAUCCCGUGUUCUUGAUAAUACGAUUCCAAAAACAUCUGAAUCGAAAAAACCCAAUCGCUUGAUUUGAAGGAGGUCGGCGGUCUGAAUUAUGGCCCUAAACCCACAACUGUAUGGCAACGGGAUGCCGGUAGCAUUCGUCAACGAGAUGUUCGUCUUAAUCAGAGACGGAAUUGAAUUUGAGAUCAACAAAAUCCACGGGGCUCGUGGAGGAACCAUUAAAACAAAGGGUAAACUCUUUCUGUCAAAUGUCCGCAUGGUUUUUGUUGCUGAUAAACCACCUACAGAUUUCUUCUAUGCUUUUGACAUGCCUCUGCUUUAUGUACAUGAUGAAAAGUUUAACCAACCAGUCUUUCACUGCAACAAUAUAUCUGGACUUGUAGAGCCUGUGGUGGCAUAUGAUCAAAACAGGGAAAUGUACCCUACUCACUCUUUCAAGAUUUUGUUUAAACAUGGAGGUUGUGGGACAUUUGUGCCCUUGUUUUUCACCUUGAUAAAAUCAGUGAGACAAUAUAAUCAACAAUUUCAAACUGGAAAUGAUCCUUUAAGAGCAGCUCAAACUCCAGUUGAUGAAAUGAUGCAUGCAGCAUAUGUUGAUCCUAGUGAUCCCACAAAGAUCUUUCUGCAGCAACCUGGUUCAGAAACACAUAAGCGGGACACAUACCAUUCUUAAUCUGAAUAAUUGAUGGUGUGUAUCUUUUUUAGUCUAAUCUAGGUUUGUAUUGAUACAUUUGAACUUAAAUUCUAGUAAAUAUUGUAUAAUUUUGGUUGCUUUA